CGCUUUCUAUCUUGAGAAGAAAAAAUUCCACCCAAUUGCAAAUGUCUUUAAACAUGAAGGAUAUUAAUACCUCCUUCCUUCACUUGUUACAGAGGGAAAGCAAGAGAUAGACAGAGACAGAGGGAGAGGCCUCCCAGUGAAGAAGAAUGAGGAACACCCAAAAACUCCAUUGUUGCUCUACUUUAUGUCUCUCCACCAUACUCAUCAUCACUCUCUUCUCAAUCCCUGCCACAUCUUUCGACACCAUCACAUCAACACAACCCCUCAGACUCAACCAAACCAUCGUCUCCCAAGGCCAAGUAUUCGAAUUAGGCUUUUUCUCACCUAGUAAUUCCAUCAAACAGUAUGUGUGCAUUUGGUACCACAAAAUUCAACCCAGAACAAUCGUCUGGGUCGCGAACAGAGACAACCCACUCACAAACCCAUCUGGGUUCUUGAAGAUCAACCAAGAUGGCAACAUCGUCGUUGUCGAUGAAUCUUCAAAUCUUAUAUGGUCAUCGAAUCAAACAAUCUCUUCAACCAACAGCAACAUAGUCGCACAGCUUUUGGAUUCUGGAAACUUUGUUCUUCGCCGGGAAAAUGAUUUGAAUCCUGAGAAUUAUCUCUGGCAAAGCUUCGAUCACCCAACAGACACUUUGUUGCCGGGAAUGAAGCUCGGAUGGGAUGCGAAAACUGGGUUGAAUCGGUACUUAACUUCAGGGAAAAGCAACGACGAUCCAUCGACUGGUGAGUACUCAUUCAAGCUCAACAUCAAUGGCUUCCCUGAGGUUUUUCUGACGAGGAAUAAGGUCAUACAGUAUCGAAGCGGGCCGUGGAACGGGCUUAGAUUCAGUGGGGUUCCAGAGAUGAAACCCAGAGGCUCGGUUCUCACAUUCAGCUUCGUGAUGAACAGAGACAAUGUAUUCUAUUCAUUCGGAUUGACAGACAAUUCUGUAUAUUCUAGACUUUUGAUGAUGUCGACGGGUGUUCUUCAACGAUAUACAUGGAUAGAAACUAGUCAAUUAUGGAAUCCAUUUUGGUAUGCGCCAAAAGAUCAAUGCGAUCGAUACAGAGAGUGUGGAGUUUAUGGGAUUUGCGAUACUAAUGAUUCGCCUGUGUGCAAGUGUAUGGAAGGGUUUGAGCCUAGGAAUUUACAGGCGUGGGGGUUGAGAGAUGGGCAUGAUGGGUGUGUGAGGAAGAGGAGAUUCAAGUGUGGUGAUGAUGGGUUUUUGGGGUUGAAGAAUAUGAAGUUGCCGGAGAGUUCGAAUGCGGUGGUGGUGGAUUAUGAGACAAUGAAUUUAAAUGAUUGUGAAAUGGUUUGUCGGAAAAAUUGUUCUUGUACUGCUUAUGCGAGUAAAAAUAUCAGCGGUGGCGGUGACGGUAGCAGUGGUGGUGGAUGUGUGAUUUGGACAACGGAGCUGGUGGAUAUGAGGCAGUACGCGGCGGCGGAAGGUGGGCAGGAUCUGUAUGUGAGAGUCUCGGCUGCUGAUUUAG